AAAUGUGUGAUCUAACAGCCAGUUGUUGCCUGGUUACCGCCAGCAUUUGUUGAUUUACCCCUGACCCACAUGCUCGGAAUAGCUUCAUAUUGCGUUUCUGACACUCCUGCUUGAAACAUCAGGGUUUGUGGUGCUGUGUUGUUUCUCAGUCGAUGUCUCCCUCGUUUCUUCCAAAAAGUAGAGACCCAACACGCAGCCGACCACAGCUGAAACGCAUCAUGCCUUCCAGAUGUGGCUUGGAAGGCAAGAGAGCCGCUGGGAUGACUCGAUUUGAGCCGAAGCAAUGGCGGGACAGAAUUGUGAGCGAUCAGCCGAUAUCAGAUGCUGCUGGGCAGGCGCGUAGAUGCCUUGCUUCCAUAUGUUGCUUGAAUAUCUCGGACUUGUCUUGCCAUCGGAGCAUUCGAACGUGACCUCCUUCCUUCGUCAACACUCCCUCAUGUUAUUGUUUCCACGACAUGAACAUCACGCCUUCCCUCAACGACACUGCCAUCACCAAACUGCGUCAACCCCGGUUUGGGUCGGCAACGACGGAGUGUCUAUAAAAUGUCUCCUCAGAGUUUGCAGUCUUGUAUUCUUCUCUUCUUCCUCUAUUCUCUCAAUCAUCAUCAAGCAUCGCCAACGCAGUCAACUUUUACAGCCCAGCUUCCCCCAUUUUUGGACUUUGUUUCAGGAGAUAGCACAGCAUCAUCAAUUUUCUCGUUUGUUCACAUCUACAUCACAAUGGUUUCCAAACUCGCCUUCAACAGCCUUGCGCUUCUCGCUUCCUCCAGCUCUGUGCUCGCUCAGUUCCAAGGCACAACCUACAAUCAGACGGGCCCUUUUCUCCUUCAGGUCGUCACGGCUGAUGAUGACGCACUUGUGGGCAAAUAUCUCACCACCUGCCAUGCCGGCGCUACCAUUACGGGCCUUUGCAUCGGUUCCAACGACGUCAGCAACUUCACCCUGAGCUUUUACUACAACUACACCAUUGUCAACGGCCAACCAUCUAAGACCGGCUUCCUCACAUGGUCGCUGCCUGUUCCUGGCGCCGAGGGCCCCCUGAGCCUAUCUGAGCCCAUGAGCCUCAUGUUUGAGCCCGGAAGUAAUGUGGCUGUACCCAUGUUUACACCUAGCCAAGCUGGUACGCCUGUCGGAUGGGACAAUAACACUCUUUUCAUCGCGGCGCCCUACGACGAUUCCAAGUUCAGACCCAAUGUCUAUCCCAACGCGACGACCACAGACGGCAGCAUCAUGCGACAGCUCCGCAAUUGGCAUUCUUGCUGGGUGUUGUACAGCGCCUACUACUUCAACUCCGUCGGUUGGGUCUCUGGCGGCGAGCCACGCAACCCUACCUGCGAGCCUGUCUCCAUUGUCAGAGUCGAUCCAGCAUCCUUGAUCAUCUCCAGUCCCUGGGACGAGUUGCCUGACGAGUGGUCUCCAGUUGCCCCAGAAGAGGAUCAGGACGAAAAAGACGACGAGGCUGAUGACGAUGAAGCUGAUGACGAUGAAGAUGAUGAUGCCGAGGACGAGGAUGCUUCUGCUGAGGGUCAUCAAGAGGGUCAGCAGGCAAACCCAGAGGAGACUCUGGGUGCUAGCGCCGAAGGGAGUGCCAGCAACAGUUUUGGUGAGGAGCAUGGCUUCAACGGAGCUGUCCAAGAGGGUACUGGUGAAUCUCAGGUGCAGCAGUCUCAGGAAGCGUCUCAGGGUGAGCAGACCCAGGAGGGUGAGCAGCCAUCAGAGGAGGCUCAAGUGGAAGAACACGCUGAGGUGGAGCAUGCAGAGGAGGGACAUGAGGGCGAGCAGUAAGCAACGAAUCAUGGUGGUUGAUUGUGGAAAACAUGCAUUCAGGAAAUGUACAUGUAGAUCAUAAUGUUUACUGGUGGCGGAUUGGUUGUGAGAGUUAGCAUCGUGAAAAUCAAAGGAGUUUACAUUAGUUUUGCUUCUUUACUGAAGUUGGGUU